CAUUAACCAGUCAGCGGGCGGAGAGGCGCAGGCGAUACACAGCGAUUGGCCCAUUCGGGUAUGGUCAGGUGACAUUAUCAGCCUUCCGUGCAUGAUUCAAAAUACAACCGUCGUGGCGUGCAGUCAGUGACUCAGUGGCGACUCUGCGGGAGCCGCUGCCUCUCCAUCAUAUACACAGCUCAGCGGCCGCUCACUAGCUGCAGGAGAAGCGACACCCGGGAUCACCGUACAGCUGCAUCCUCUGUCACAAGUAUGCUGAGAUAUAGAAAUGCCCAGGACUGUUUAUAUGCCACAAUUCAGACGUUGAUCAAGGCUGAAAACUUUCACAGUUCAUACUCUGUUGAAACAAAUACACUGGGCAGGGGUAAAUUUGCAGUGGUUCGACGAUGCACAGAGAACGCUACUGGGAAAGAAUUUGCUGCCAAAUUUUUGAAAAAGAGAAGGAGAGGGAAAGACUGCAGAGCAGAGAUAAUCCAUGAAAUAGCUGUUCUCGAACUGGCAAAAUCAAAUUUGCGCAUUGUGGAUCUCCAUGAAGUAUAUGAAACUAGCCAUGAAAUCAUUUUAAUUUUAGAAUAUGCUGCAGGUGGAGAGAUAUUUUACCUUUGUUCACCAGACAAAAAUGAUAACGUUUGUGAGAGACAGAUAAGUAGACUUCUUCGACAGAUCAUUGAAGGAGUAAGCUUUCUACAUCAAAAUAAUAUUGUUCAUCUUGAUCUUAAGCUUCAGAAUAUACUGCUUAACAGACUGGAACCUCUUGGUGACAUCAAAAUAGUCGAUUUUGGAAUGUCCCGAAAAAUAAGCAGCGACUGCGAACUCAGAGAAAUAAUGGGCACAACUGAAUAUUUGGCUCCAGAAAUAUUAAAUUAUGAACCCAUAACAACAUCAACAGAUAUAUGGAGUAUCGGUGUAAUCUGUUACAUGCUUCUUACUGGUGUGUCACCAUUUGCUGGUGUAGAUAACCAAGAGACAUACUUGAAUAUUUCACAGCUUAAAGUGGAUUACUCAGGAGAAACCUUUGCUUCAGUAUCACAAGAUGCUGUGGACUUUAUGAAGUCUAUACUUGUGAAGAAUCCAGUUAACAGAGCUACAGCUGAAGAGUGCCUAGCACAUCCAUGGCUUCGUCAAGUUAAACCACAUUUGUAUGGUGGUGAUAGUCCUCAUCUGGAAAAACAUUUGAUGACCUCUAAUAACCUAAAGUUGAAAAGCAUAUGCCAUGGGCUAAGCAAGGAUAGUAUGGGAGACAAAGAGAAUAUUCCAGAGAAUGGUGCUACAGCAAUCAAACGAUUACGAUUGGACAAUACACAUCGAAAACAUUUGUGUAUAUAAGACCUGCUUGCUGCUCUCUUCUGAAUAUGUUCUACAGUACUCAUCUCAUGCAGUGCAUUUUGCCUAAUGUUCUGUUGCCCACUGAAGACGAGACAAAUGAUAAAAGUACAACAUUUGUACCCUGUCUACUGCAUUGUACAGUGCGUAAUAUGCAAAGAAUGUAUCAAGCAGCAGAUCAUUGGCAAGUUUGAACUGCUGAAGGAAAAAUCUCUUUAUGCAAGUACGAAAUGUAAUUGUGGUCGUCACUUGCUGAGAACCAGUACCAAAGACCUAGUUGUUGGGGAAACUUUAGUGUGGUUGUUGGUAGUUUAGAAAUAGUUUAUAAAUGAUGAGAAUUUUCUUCCUAUACAACAAAUGAUUCUGUGUGCAUACAUUUUUAUAGCUGUAAUAGGAAAUGUUUUGCUCCACAUCUGCUGAACUGAAUUCUGAAGAUCAGAUACUUGGGUACAGUGUUUUUUUUUUUUUACUAUAAAUUACAGGCUUCAGUGUCAGCAGGCUGUGGAAUGUUAUGUAAGCUGCCAACUACUGAGAACCGAUCUAUACCAUAGCGUACCAAGAGAAAUUGCAAUCUCCAUGCAGACUCCCUUCAAGCUGAGAGUAGCUUGGAAAGUGUAGAACAGAGUUCUUUAUACAGCUCCCUCUGAAGGAUGAAUGAUUUUUGCACUAUACAAAUUAUUUAAACUGUAUUUUUAUUAUGAACCUAAAGUUUAUUUAUGUCAUGUUACUAUAACAAGGGUUACAACAAAAAGGGCGUAUAGCGUAACAUUCAAAAAUGUAAGUAAGUGUUCCAUGGUUUUACCAAUUUCUUUUGUUUUAUGUGUCAAACAAAGGUUAAAUAGCUGGGGAUCAAGUCAAUAGCCAUAUAUUUUUCCUUAAAAAUAUGCAUAAGCAAUUAUUGUCUUGUGUUUAAAAAUAAAACAGGAAUUCUGAAA